UUCUUCUUAUAUUAGAUAGACGUGUGUGUGAUCAGAUCAGAUUGAUUGAUUAAUUGAUUUUGAUUGUCUCUCUCUCCGCUGUCGGAACAAGCCAAAAGCAAAAGGAUAAGAAAAAACAAUGGAGUCCAGCAGAGGUCAAGGUGGGAUCCAGCAGUUGCUUGCUGCUGAACAGGAAGCUCAACACAUUGUCAAUGCUGCCAGGACCGCAAAGAUGGCAAGGCUGAAGCAAGCAAAGGAAGAGGCUGAGAAGGAGAUUGCUGAAUACAAAGCUAAAAUUGAGCAAGACUUCCAGAGGAAACUUGAGGAGACAAGUGGAGACUCGGGUGCGAAUGUGAAGAGGCUGGAGCAGGAGACUGAUGCCAAAAUCGAACAGCUGAAGAACGAAGCAUCCAGGAUCUCCGAAGAUGUUGUGGCGAUGCUCCUCAAACAUGUCACCACUGUCAAGAACUGAGAGAGAUUCCUCUGUAAUAAUCAAAAAGCCAUUUAUGAGUUUAUGCUCCUCUGUUACUGCAUUGAAUCUCAGAGACUCAGUCUCAUAUGAAAUGUGUUUAUUGUAAUUUAUUCUCUACCAUCUUCUUCUUGUUGUUGUAUUCAUCAUUUCCUUUUGAGGAUUGUAAUAAAAUUGAGAGCAGAUCUGCUGGUAUAUCCUUUUUUUCUCUCUUUUUUAAUUAA